GCUCAUUUCGCACGUGUCAGCUCACCCAACCAGACGCAAGUUGUGUUCUAAAAUGUGAAGAUUCAUUGUGAUAAUGACCCGUAGUUUUGUGUAGAGGACAACCAACUGCACGUUUUGGUGUGAAAAAUACUUCUGAAAUGUUAGUCAACUUUGGGUAGAUGUGCAAAUAGCUUUAGGAUUAAAUAUUUAUCAACAAAUAUAACGGAACACCCACUCCCAGUGAUUGCAAGUGAAUUUCCUCAAUUACAUUUUCCAGAGCGAACGAGUAUUGGUGAGCAGUUCACGAAUCCAGAGACCCGAACAUUGAACGAAGGCCAUCGAAAAUUGAAGUUUCUAGUGAGAUUAAGAACGCGAGCGAGAGUGAGAGUGCGGAAACAGUUUUCAAUUUCCGAGCAAAACCAAGAGGAUAAACUAUAAUGUGAACAUGUGAAAUCAGCGAAAAGAGAGAAAAACGGCUCCAAACGAGAGGAAAACUUUUCGUUCUUUGUGUGUUUAUGCAAUCAAAUUUGAUGUGAAAACAUAGCCAUAAACUAUCCAAUUUCGAAGACAUUGGCUUUUCUCCGAACACACCUCUUUGUGGGUAGGACAAAGGAAAAAGUUUCAAUUAAUACAAAACGGCAUCAGAAGAGUGUGCGGUUGCAAUGAGCAAAGGAGCAGCAGUUUUCGGGCACACUUUUGGGGCGGCACAAGCUUGAAGGCGUUGGUAGAUCUGAAAAGUAAUACGGAAUACCUACGGAAAAAGGAAUAACCACUGUAAUGGCAUACAAGUAUUCUAACAGCACACCAAUGUGAAGCAAACCGACGUCUUUUUCGUAGUGUCUCAUAACUUAGUAGUGGAAGAAUCAAAAGCAUACCAGGAAGAUAAUUUAUGUCAUGAUCGACUGCAUCAAUCAUCUUUCAUUUAAAAAAAAAAGUAUACAAUAUUAUAAAGUAAUUGCAUAGAAAAGCAAGAAAAAAAGAGGACGGCACCGAUAGAAGAAUGUCAUAUUAAAUUCCCCACGUCGAUUACAUAACAUGCGUGAAGCUUUCCCGAGUCUUCCAUUUAAUAGUAACGCGCCAGAGGAAACAUUAUCACCUUCACCAUCGGCGACCCCGCCAGUUCCGUCAUUUUCGUCAGUUAAUCAAGAAGGACGGAAACACGACGAGCACGAGGUGCCAGAACAGCAAUAUCCAGCAAUAUCACUUCUGUUUCCGACACCGACCGCAGCAACUCUCAAUCCGACACCAUCUCACAAACCGGAGCCAACGAUAAUCAUCACAGAAAAGAUUAUAAUUAAUCGUGAGGGUGAAAUCAUUAAGGAAACAUUGGUGGACAACGAUUCCGAGAAGAAUGCUCUAUUUGAUACUGACGGCCCGCAAAGCCACGUUGGCAAUCUGCCACCAACAGUCGUCUCAACAGCAUCAGCAGCAACAAUUGGCACAGCAACGGCGAGCUCGGCAGCACUAGUGGUGUCAGCUGCAGCGGCGGCAGUGCCCAGCGGGACUGGGGGAAGCGGAACUGCUAGUACGAGUUCUUCAGCUGCAGCAGUGACAUUGUCGGCAACGCCGUCCUUCGGUGAAUUGGAGGAACUACAGAACAUUCUUCAUUUCCCGGAAGAAGUUGCUCUGCGGAUAACUGACGCGGAAUACCAACUGUUCUACCAGGUAUCCUUGCACGAUUUCAUUAAUGAUGCAAUACACGAGCUGCAGAAGGAGUCGGGGACCCAUUCCUCGAUAAACAGUAAUCCAAAUCUUGCUACACCCAAUACAACGAGCGCCAGCGGUAGUACCUAUAGCAUAGCUAACGGCAGCCGAGAGCAGACUACGACAUCAUCGUCGACAACCAACGUUGCCAAUUUGACUGCAAGUUCCAGCGUAUCAACUGCAAUCCGAACUCCGAGUGGGUUUUCAUCAACCCUGAAUGCCAUACGCAAACGCUUCGAUGAGACAAGCGCGUGGACCAACUAUUUUAUCCUAUCACAAGGUACACAAGACGAACGAAAAGCGGCCUUUGCAUGUCUGUUGCGUGUUGCUAUGUCAUGCUGGAACAUCGGAAAUUUCAAUGGUGCUAAAGAGAUAGUGGACGGUCUAAAGUCACUUAAAAAGGAACCUUUUUGGUCGUCCACUACGGAUCGGGGAAGAAAUUCCGUGUACGAGUUUCUUGAAAACGUUUUUGACUCAGCAGAGUACAGCAAUGCUGGUUCGAGAGCACUGGCAAUACCGACGUGUCGUACUAUUCCUUACUUCAAGAACCAUGUCGAGGAAAUCAAGUGCUUGUUGCGAAAGGCAACCAAGCAGCAAAGUCAAUUUCAAGAGCAUACCGAAAAAUACUACCUGGGAGACGGCAACCAAACAUCAGAUCCUGACGAUGAAGAAAUGUUGCAAAAGUUAUCCCAGGUGACGCUGCCUUUAAAAUUCCCUGCGCCGACUCCUACCGCAGAACAUGUAUCCGAUGAGUUAACAGAGCCGCUACUGUCGCCGGAAUCGCUGGACGAACCGGAUAACGACCCUUUGGCGGAAGAAAUCAUCACUAGGGUAGCACCUGCUGCGGACAAGCUGUCUGCCUUCUUCAAGCAUCAUGACCAUCUAUGCCGAGAAUCGCCGCAGAGUUUGCUUGACUUUCUCAGAUCAGCAUCGAAUAGCCCGCGGCAAGUUAAAAUACCGCUUUAUCAGCCAUCAAAUCUCAAAGAACUGGAGGAAGACUACGAAGUCGAGAUUGGGAACUACAAUCCAGUGCAGCCGCUGUGUUUCGACCAUGGUAUCAGUAUAGUUUCGCUUUCCGCAAAGGAUCCAAAUGCCAUCGAUCAUCAUAUACUUCAGAUACUUCACCACGGUUCAACGGCUAUCCUUUGGGAGCCAGACAUACCUGCGGAAAGAUCCACUUACGUGUACUUAAGAUUAGAACGGUCCUGUUCCCACAUUUCUUGGCAACGAACGGCAUGGCGAAGGAUCAAAUCGCAGCAUGACUGCCACUUCAAUCAAAACCCGGAGGAGAGUGUUGCUUGGAGGUUUAACUCGCGGUGUGCCUCAAAUCUAGGUGAUAUGGAGAUUCAGUGUCAAAAUUUGGAGGAGGGAAUCCUGGACCUCGGCACCGUUAAGGAUAUAUCGAUGGGCUCCAGGAAUCACGAGUAUGAUCCGGACAUUUUGGCCGCCGGUAAACGAUUCGGACUAACCCAUGUGGAAUGCUGCGUUUCACUGUUAUACGGAAACUCGGCUAGUGAAAACCGAAUUCUUUGCAUAUUAUGCCCACCGAUGCUGUGUAGAACAUGGUACGUUGGACUCCACUGGAUGUUACGGGGGUUCCGAAGGCAGCAAUGUUUGAUAGAUCGGUCUAUGCUUUGGCUGAAGCAACUGUACAUACAGAUGUACUUCGAGGAGAGCGCUUGCAAUGAACCUACGGUAGCUGACGCAUUGAAAGCCUUCGGAGGCCAACUAUACUUGUCUUCCAUAAGAUGCUUGUCGGGGACGCAUAUCAACGAUACCACUACUGAGCUGGUGUCGGCGAGCAUCUCUGCUUCGAACAAGAAGGAUUCCAACACUAAGAUCCGCAAGAAACGCUCGAUGGCCAACCUACUCAUUCAAAGCAAUGUUAACAGUCACAGUAACCCUACCAUAGAUCAAAAUAUUAGUGAGAUGGAAAAAAUUCGCGCAAAUGAACGUCGAAAAGAUCGGAACGGUUCGCACGAUCAGCUGUGGCAGAACAUGAGAAACCUGCGAAUCGGUUCGGUUACCCACGAUACUCAAUUAGACUUUCUAAGUUUCGUUUCCCUGUAUAGAUCAUUCAGCAUAUUGACGAGACCUGACCUUUGCGAUAUCUUCAAUCAACUGGCUGUGGUAUCGGUUUGUCGCAAGACACUAAACGGCGAGAAAAGCAUGAGUGCACCGGAGCUCUCCGAGGUGGCAGUGAAAAGAAAAAUCGGCCUUCUGACGCGUAACUGUUCGCUCGACUUGGACCUAUCGGACACGAAACACACGAGGAAAAAACACUUUGACGCUAUUGCCGCCUCCAGUAUAGCAGCGAGCAGCGAUUUCCUGUCGUGCAACAACAAAGUGAUAACGAUAGCAACGUUGAAAAAAUUUCUCGAAACUCGCCAGAUGGAACUGCUGAGCGACGAGGAUGUGAAAGCAAUUAUACAACGGCACGAGCCAGAAGCUGCCCACCGCAUCGAAAACUGUAUGAGCUUCGAAGGCUUUGCUCGGUACAUGAUGGACAAGGAUAACUAUGCGUUUCUCAGUGAGCUAAUGCCUGAAAGUACCUACAUGAACUUGCCUCUGUCGCAGUAUUACAUUGCAUCGUCUCAUAAUACGUACUUAACCGGGCAUCAACUGAAAGGUGAAAGUUCUGUAGAACUAUACAGCCAAGUGCUGUUGACAGGUGCUCGAUGCGUUGAACUGGACUGCUGGGAUGGCGAUGACGGAACACCGGUCAUUUACCAUGGACAUACGUUCACCACUAAGAUUCCAUUCCGAGCAGUUGUAGAAGCAAUAAACAAAUCAGCCUUCGUACAGUCUGCAUAUCCGGUCAUUUUAUCGAUAGAAAACCACUGCUCGGUAACGCAGCAGCAGAGAAUGGCCGCUAUUUUUCAAGCCAUUUUUGGAGAGAAACUAGUUACAAAUUUUCUAUUCGAUCAGGACUACACAGACGAACCAUAUCUGCCCUCACCUCUAUCACUGAAACACAAAAUUCUGAUCAAAAACAAAAAACUGAUAGUAGAAGUGCCAGCCACGCUCUCAACUGGUUUGACCCGUCAGAAUACGUACAAACAAUCAAAUCUCUCCAGUAGAGCGAGUUCAAUUAUAUCAAACACUAGCGGUAGCUCCCUCAACGAAGAAUUCAGCGACGAUGAAUACGAGGAUGAUGACGAUUUUGACAAUAUUGAUGAAAAAACAUAUCAUGUAAACUGGGGAUCAAUAGAUGAUAAGUCUAGACAUAGUGUGUCCCACGCGAAUGUUUCUACACCGACACGGCAACGCAUCGAACAGCAACAGCAGCAUCAACAGCUCAUCCAACCACAGCAACAGCAGCACCAUCAAUCCGACGAUCGAUCCCGGAAGCGUAGCAAUCAAAUCGCUCGCGAGCUCUCGGAUUUGGUGAUCUACAUCCAAGCAAUAAAGUACCGAGGACUCAAUCCGUACAGUCCACACAACUCAAUGCGUGCCAAUCCGCGACAACCGCUCAAAACCAGUGGAAGUGUGGUGACGGUGGGAAGCAUCUUGAAGAACAGUUCGGGAGACACACUAAGCCUUCCAUCAUCUGGUCACUUAUCGGAUAAUCUAUCUCUCAGCUACGACACAUCAAGCAUCAGCGGAAGUGAGAGUGUUCUACCGACUCCUGCGCGAACACGAACCAUGCCAAACGCGAACCAUCCCUGUUACCAAUGUUCAUCGCUGAACGAAGCUAGCGCCAAGAAACUCUGCAGGAAAGAUCCUUUGGGACUGAUUGCACACACCGAAACCCAACUGAUGAGGACCUAUCCAGCGGGACUGCGAAUUGACUCGUCUAACUUCAAUCCGGUGUUCUUCUGGUCGUUUGGGUUUCAAAUGGUUGCUCUGAAUUACCAAACGGAGGACAUGCCCAUGCAUAUCAAUAAAGCCAUGUUCGAGGAAAACAACAGUUGUGGGUACGUUCGCAAGCCGGAUGUACUGUGGAACAGGUCACAUCUUAUGUACAGGCGAUUCAAUCCUUUGGAAAAGGAAUUUGAUGGACUGCACGUAACGCAACUAGUGAUCAACGUGGUGUCCGGGCAAUAUUUGAACCAUGUCACGGGUGGGAAUGUGAUUCAUGUGGAAAUAGAACUUCUUGGGAUUCCUAUCGACUGCGGAAGACGGCGAACGAAACCGGUGAAACACAAUCUGUUCAAUCCAGUUUGGAACGAAACCUUCUUCUUCAAAAUAAUGUUCCACGACUUGGCGUUCCUGAAGUUUACCGUGUAUGAGUCGGAAUCGGUAGUUGUGGCGCAACGCGUGAUAUCACUCAAAUGCUUUAGGCCUGGUUACAGACACGUGCGGUUGCGGUCUCCGAUCAAUCAACCCUUGAAUAUGGCAUCAUUAUUCGUUUAUACCCGAGUCGAGGAAGAAGGUUUAGAUAGAUCGUACGGGGAGAUUGACGAACAAUAUCUUCAGCAGCUACGAACUGCAAACAGGAAGGAGCAAUUCGAAGAUAAUGAGCCCAUUUUGGAAAGUAAAGUUCCUUUGUUGAAGCGUAAAACGUUCUUUUGUACUAUUUACGACGCGGUACCUAACAAUCCAUUUACAAUUCUCAAAAUUACUCAAGAAUGCACAACGAAAGACGUUCUCAUGAUGGUGCUGCAGAAAAUGCGAAAACCGAGAACCGAUAUUGCCAACUACAUAUUGAUAGAGGAAGUUUAUACAGGAUGGGAGAAGAAGGACAAACGAUAUCCACCAACGCAGAGGGUGUUGGACAUGGUAGAGAAACCGUUGCAAUCGCAGGCCAGCUGGAGAGGUGACGGAAGGUUCAUACUGAAACGGAUAGGGAACGACCCAAGCAGUCGAGCGUGGGUAACAUCGAUUCGUCGAACGGCAGAUGCCCGACGAGCCUCGAUAGCAACCGCCACGGCAAACGAUGAGACAUCAUCCGGAGUACCGGGCGCUGGACCCACGGUAGAUGACCCGUUAGCUCUAGAAAAUGUGGACAAUUUUCUGGUCUGCGUGUUCAACGUAUCACAUGACAUACCGUACGCAAUUCUUCGAGUACCAAUCAAAUCUACUGCGCAAGAUGUUCUCGCUCAAGCUCUGUUGAAAGCGCGCCGCCUCGAUAACCCCAACAACUUUGUGCUAGUUGAAGAAUUGAACUACAGCAACAAAAGCAAUGAUACAAUGCAGCGAAUUCUGUUAGAUGACGAAAAUGUCUAUACAACGCAAGCGAAUUGGAAAUCGAUCGGACGAUUCGUCAUUCACGAGCGAAGUCAACUCACGCCUUCAACGAUCCGUAAAACGAUACUGCCGAUCGAGAAGAUCAGCAGAGGCUUCAGCAUCAGUCGGGGAUCGUCUUCGUCGUCCACUUCGGUGCACUCAUUGGCCUCAAAGUCUCCGAUCCAGGUGGCGCUCAGCGAUCCAACGACGUCCCGGGUCAAAUGCCGCUCUGCGGAUGCGGCUGCAUUGGGGACGAAGCCGAAGCACUCCCGCAAUUCCGCGUCUGGGGCUUCGGGAGGUGGAGGAUCCGGCGGGCGGCAUAAGUACAACUCGGAGAAGGACACUUCGUUUUCGAGUACCAGCAGUAGCAGCAACGCUACAUCCAAGUCUAGCAACCGUCGGGAGGUGCAUUCCGAGGGGGAGACUCUCAGUGACGACGAGAGCAAGGAUCACGACAUUCUGUCGACAAUGUCACGCUUCAAGCGGAUGUCCAUCAAGAAGUUGAAAUCCUGGAAGUCGUAAUUUCUGGAUGAGAAUGUUUUCAUCCUGACUGAGGGAUUCGUGGUGUUUGAAGAAAUGGCCACUCCAUGAUCAAUUUAAGUCAAUUGAUAUUGGAAAUUUCCAGCUUAUGGUAUUCAAGAGUGCUAAUAAUAUA